UCCCUUUCUUCCCCUCUUCAACAACGACCUCGCGCAGCAGAGAAAUAAGUAAGGGAGAGGACCGAGGGGAAGAGAGCAGACGAAGAUGGUGAAGUUUUUGAAACCAAACAAGGCCGUAAUAGUCUUGCAGGGGCGUUACGCCGGAAGGAAGGCCGUCAUCAUCCGAUCCUUCGACGAGGGCACCCGAGAUCGUCCCUACGGUCACUGCUUGGUCGCUGGGAUCGCCAAGUACCCGAAGAAGGUCAUUCGCAAGGACUCUGCGAAGAAGACGGCGAAGAAGUCCCGAGUGAAAGCCUUUGUGAAGCUUGUGAAUUACAGUCACAUAAUGCCCACUCGGUACACCCUUGAUGUCGAUCUCAAGGACGUCGUUACCCUCGACACGCUCCAAUCUCGGGACAAGAAGGUUACUGCCGCCAAGGAGGUCAAAGCUCGACUCGAGGACCGGUUCAAGACCGGAAAGAACAGGUGGUUCUUCACCAAGCUCAGGUUCUAAGGGAGAAGUUUAAGUAAUGCAACUCUCUGCAAAUUUUUAUUUCGUUAGACUGAAGAUGUGAAUGACCGGGACUUGGGUUCUGAACUAAUAUUUGUAGUAUUUAUUUCAUGGUUCAAAUUUCGUUUUGGUUAGUGAAAUGAUAUCAACUAGUUCGGUUUCAGUCCACUUAUAUAUGUUGAUAGUUCGUUUCGAGGUUUCUUUAA